UUGAUUUUCCAGCCGAUUAGACGAAACCCUAGUCUCUCUCUCGAGUCGAGUCGUUCUCCCAACCCCGCCGACCGCCGCCAUAGUUCCUAUCUCCUUCUUGCUUGCUACCAUCGCCCAUUCUUCGCCAUCGUUCCUACCUCUAUUUCUUUCCACCGUCCAAAAACAUUGUUUCUCGCUACUGCUUCGGUUGGGUUCGCACCGUCCAAAAACAUUGUUUCUCGCUACUGCUUCGGUUGGGUUCGGUCGCAAUAUUGCUUCUCGUUGUUGCUUCAGUUUGGUUCGGUCACUUCGAAGCUUUUUACGUCCACUAUAUUCACCAGCAGGUCCUACACCAUAGAUUAUUCGGAAGCAAGUUGUAAUGGGUCCGAAGCGUUUUCAGCGUCCCACGAGUCCUACUCCUUCUGCUCGAUCACAGAGAUGUCUGUUUAGAGAGCAAGUGCGAGAACAACUCAUGGCGAAUCAAGGAAAUGCCACCGCUCCUUCUACUUUUGUCCCAGCUUUUCAGACUGCCGUUGGGGCAUCUUCAAACUCCGCCACAUCUGCAUCUUCGCAGGAGGUGCCGCUCCACGUCCCCACUGUGGUCCCGGCUGCCAUUCCCCCUGCACUUUCACAGACUGAGGAGCAACUAUUGAGAGCCCUCAGUAGCAUCCAACAGGGAAUGGCGAGGCUGCAAGCGCACCUCGCUUAGGUGGAACAAGCUCAAGCUGCGCAGGGAGCAUUUAUCGCUUCCCAAGCGGCACAAGCUGCCAACACCUCUACGAUGCCCGCAACCAUCACCCCCUACCACCUACUGCUGAGCCUUACCAGAGGGCUGAGGGACACAGGGCUGCUGAUCGCCUGCUUGUUGAAGUCCCCAUGGACGUUCACUACGAGUCCCUUCUGGAUCAUACUUUAAUUACAAGUUAUGCGCCCAGAGGCUCUGGCCAUUAUAAGGUGAAACCAGCGCUCGUUAGCCUGGCGAGCCAUAGUCAAUUUCAUGGGCUGCUCAAUGAAAGACCUUAUAAGCACCUACAGAACUUCAAUAGGAUCGCUGCCACCUCCAAAUCGCACGGCAUCACGGAGGAUGCUGCCAAACUGAUUCUGUUUCCCUUUUCUUUAACAGGAGAGGCCAGGAAAUGGUUUGAUAACCUCUAUCCCAUUCCUGGCUCAUUCAAGGAAGCAGCGUAGGCCUUCGUGAGUAAAUACCAUCCUGUUUCAAAGACCAUUCGCUAGAGGAAUGAAAUACUCACUUUCAAGAUGGCGAGUGAUGAGACCCUUCCUAAAGCCUGGAGCCAAUUCAAACAGUUGCUCCGCAACUGCCCUCAUCAUGAAAUCCCGGACUUCAUGGAGCUUCAAAUUUUCUACUUAGGAAUUACUCCUGAACUUAGAAUGUCCUUGGAUGCAGCGGCAGGAAGCUCGCUGAUGGGGCGCUGUGCCUCUGAAGCGAGGGCUUUGAUCGAAAAAAUGGCGGCCAAUCAAUCAAGUUGGCCAGAGUCCAACAGGCCCGAGCCAUCAAGGGGUCUAUACCAGGUUCCUGCUUUCGUAUCUCACGAUGCAAGGAUCGAUAGUCUGUCGAUCCAAGUUAAGGAGUUGUCUAAGCUCAUGAAGCAGGACCUGCGUAAUAAAGGAAAACAGGCGCUCCAUGAGGCUGUGGAAUGCGAGGAAAGAGCUUAUGAAGACCAACAAGGUCCGCAGGUUGCUGAGUGCUCAAACGAUGAAGCUCAGAACCCAGCGGAGGUCAUUUAUAUGGCUGGUAGAAAUGCCCCUCAAUUCCAGCAGUUCCAAAAGGGGCGGGCUCAAGGCCCCGCUGGACCGCGUCGUCAGCAACAAUUUCAGAGGCCACAACAGUUCGCUACGCAACAAUAUCAUCAAGGGGGAUAUUAUCCACAUCAACAACAAUACUAUCAAAUCCCCCAUUUCCCGCAGCAGGCACCUGCAUUCACUCAACCUCCCACAGCGGCACAAGCACCGCAGAGUCUGGAGGAACUCUGGAGGAACACAGAGCGAGCGAAUCAAGAGUUCCAAAGAAAUACAUUUGCUUCGAUCAAAAUGCUGGAAGUUCAAGUCGGGCAGAUUGCUGAAGCUCUGAAGUUGAAGCAAAAAGGAACGUUGCCUAGGACAGUCGAGACUGUCCCGAACCAAGCGAAGGCCAUCGAAACCAGAGGAGGAAAACGGAAGCAAUCGCCACCGCUGCCAGACAGAGGUAUUGAUCAAUCUCCUUCCUCUAUUGUUACUAAUGUGCCUGUGCAGGAUGAAUUAAAACAGAUUCCGUCUAAGGAGGAAGGUCUAUCCCAACCUCGAGGCCGCUCGGGAGUAUGA